AGCAUUGAGAUUCCCAAGUCAUGCCACGGAGAUUCUCGAUGGAGGGUCUCCCAGAGGCACUGCUUGCAGAGAUCGUCAAGAGGGUUACCAAGACAAGUGAUCGUAAUUCUCUUUCCCUCGUGUCGAAGCAGCUGUGCACCGUCGAGGCGGAGCAUAGGGAUGCUAUCCGUGUUGGCUGUGGACUCGGCCCUAGUACAGAAGCCUUGGUAUCGCUGUUCUCCCGGUUCCCCAAUUUGACGAAAGUAGAGAUCAAUUAUUCUGAAUGGAAGCCCAGUGAUGGGGGCCAGUUGAAAAACAAAGGCCUCCUUGUUCUAUCAUCUCGCUGCCUACAUCGAUGACAUUGGUCUUUAUUAUCUAGCUGAGAUCGAAAAUUUGAGGUCCCUCAGGCUGAACCACGCACCAGCAGUAACUUCUACUGGGAAUUUGAGUUUGAGAUUAAUGGAAAUUACGUUGAGAUGGGGGCCCAUGAUUCCUCCUACGUGUCUGGCUACCCAUAUAGCUAUGACAUCUGCUGUGAUAAUUUGAAGGAUCUUAGAUUGGCUCAUAUUAUAACUCAGCCAGAAAUUGGACUUCGUUUUCUCCUGGGGAAGUGCAAAGCAUUGGAGACACUUUAUUUGGAGUACGUUAUUGGUCUAAGUGAGAGUGAGAUGAUCGCACUAUUCCAGAAUUGUAGUAACCUUAAAAGCAUCUCACUUCGACUCAUCCCUCUGCACUGUGAAGAUUAUGAGUUUAGGACAGCAUUGACUGAUGUUAGCCUUAAGGCUCUAGCACUCAGCUGCCCUAUGCUUCAGGUUGUUGAGCUCACAUUCGCAUUUUGCUCUGUGCGUCGGCCAACAGAUAUAGGCUUCACACAAGAGGGUAUUGUAGCGCUCAUCCCAUCCUGUCCGAUUCGUGCUUUUGUGCUUAACGGUGCCACCAUUUUCCGUGACGAGGGGAUGAAGGGCCUCUCAUCCUCACAGUUUCUGGAGACACUCGAGCUCGUGCAUUGCAAGUCUAUAACUGAUGCUGGGAUGGAUCUCAUUGCUCAGGCUCCUUGUCUGAGUCACCUCACGCUACGUCAAUGUAGCAGCAUCACCGAUGAUGGAAUGGCUGCACUCAUACGUUCUCAUAAGUUGGAGUCACUGACGGUUAUAGGCUGCUGCCAGGUCUCUCAGGAGGGCAUUCAGGGAGCUGCCAAAACAGUUCGCUACUCGGCAGAGAUUGAAAACCUCGGCAGCUUAAAAGGAAUGCGGAUUCAGUAUAUGGAGUUUUAG